GAUAUUGUAGAAGAAAGAGAUGCUACGCCGGAGCAUUCAAAAAUUGAUCCACUGAUGCUCCGCUAUAUGAAAAUGGUUGAGGAACAGAGGAGGAAAGAUAAGCUGCCCAGUGAACAAUCGCCAGAAAAACCGCAUUUAGAGGGUGAACCUUUGGGAGAAUCGUUUGUGACUGAAGUGGCUGAGAUAGUAGACGCGCCAAGUACUCCUAGCGAUUUCGGAUGGUGA